AUGGACGUUGGCAUUGUUGGACUUGGUGUCAUGGGUGCCAACCUGGCACUAAACAUUGCAGAGAAAGGGUUUCACGUUGCGGUAUUCAAUCGCACAUACUCCAAGGCGGAGAGUUUUAUUAAAGAGCAUGCCUCGGCUCCUUUUGCGGCAAAUCUCAAGGCAUAUGAGACGAUGAAGUCUUUUAUUAUGGCCAUUAAAAAGCCGCGCAAGAUAUUUAUUCUUGUUCAGGCUGGCGCUGCUACUGACGCGACGAUUGAGCAAUUAAAAGGCGUCCUGGAGAAGGAUGACAUUAUUGUGGACACGGGUAACGCUCACUUCAAGGAUCAGACCCGCCGGGCCGAACAACUGGAGGCAGCAGGUCUGCGUUUUCUUGGAAUGGGCAUUUCCGGUGGGGAAGAGGGCGCCCGAAAAGGCCCUGCCUUUUUUCCCGGUGGCACGUUGAGUGUAUGGAAAGAAAUCCAACCAGUGGUUGAAGCUGCCGCGGCAAAGGCCGAUGAUGGCCGUCCGUGUGUCACUAUGAAUGGCCGUGGUGGGGCCGGUUCGUGUGUCAAGAUGUACCAUAACGCUGGGGAGUAUGCCGUUCUGCAGGUAUGGGGCGAGGCCUUUGACGUUCUUCGUGCAAUGGGGUUAAGCAACGAUGAGGUGGCUGCUGUAUUUGAGGACUGGAAGGCUAAGGGGUUUUUGACUUCAUAUAUGCUCGAUAUUUCCAUCGUCGCCGCGCGUGCCAAGGUUGCGGAUGGCAGCCAUCUUUCUGAACACGUCAAGGACUGUAUUGGUUCUAAAGGCACGGGUCUAUGGUCUGCGCAGGAAGCGCUAGAGGUUGGUGUACCCGCACCAAGUCUAAACAUGGCUGUGUUGUCACGGCAGAUGACAAUGUACAAGUCGGAACGUGAGCUAAAUGCAAAGACACUUCCUUUUGUUCUAAAAGUCCCUGGAUACGCAAUAAAGGACAAGAGUCCCAACGCACCAGAGAUUCGACAACUCUACCAUGCUGUUUCCAUCGCGAUUAUAGCGUGCUAUGCGCAAAUGUUUCAAUGCCUCCGAGCUCUGGAUAAAGUGUAUGAUUUUGGUUUGGAUCUUCCAGCCACCAUUGCCACUUUCCGCGCCGGUUGCAUUUUGAAGGGUUAUCUCCUUCAGCCUAUGACGGAGGCCUUCGCAAAGAAUGUAAAGCUAAGUAACCUGCUCUGUGCCUUUGAAAAGGAAAUAAGAGAAGGACUGCAGAGCUACCGCGAUAUCUUGGGUUUUAUCACUUCCAAGACAGCCUUGACGCUCCCUGUGCUCUCAGCCUCUCUGGUGUACGUUAAUGGGAUGUUUACCCCGACGCUAAGGUACGGUCAACUUGUUUCUUUGCAAAGGGAUGUAUUUGGCCGCCACGGAUACGAGCGGCUAGACAAGGAGGGCCGUGAAUCCCACCAAUGGCCGGAGCUACAGUGA